AUCGACAAGAUAGUUAAAGAAGUUGAGGACUUACAAGACAUAGAAAAAGAGCUAGUUCAGCCUCAGACAUCAGGUAGUUCCAGAAACUCGGUGUAGUAUUCAGUGUAGUGUUCAGUGUAGUGUUCAUCAGGGUCUAAGAUUUGCAGUAUCCUAAACUGCACGAGAUACUAAAAUAUGGCUUUGGGUGCCAAACUGGGGAUUACCUGUAUCUGGAUACUUCAAAAUUUCAGAUAUUAGGACUGUUAUGUCCCUUAUAGCCACCAGUCAGCUUGUGAAUGCAACAAGUUUUCUGGUUUGACAAAAUAUAUUGUAGUUUAUUAAAAGAUCAUUUGCAUUUUAAUGUAUUAUUGAUGCCAUUUACUGACUUCAAAAUGCAUUUCAGCCAAUAACUUUAGAAAAUACAUGUCAAACUGCACUCUGAAUAUAAAAGCAACUUGUGUGCUUGUGUGAUUACAGUUAUUAUUUAGAUGGGUCAGUAAAUACCGCUUAUGGUAACCUGUAUCCAGUGGGAUUCUGGAAUCUCGGGGAUUCCAAAACUGUGAACCCUGGUAUCCUAGUUGCAUACUGAGAAAAAAUUUCAAUUUCAGACCUGGAUGAUAGUGCAGGGAAAAGAAAGUGGAGGACUCCUACAUUUCUAGUCAAUGGAAAGAAUGGAUUAAGUCCUUCGUUAGCCAGGCAGAGAAGAAAACGAACAUUUGAAGCAGCCAGGACUAUUCAUGGUGGAAAGGACAAAUUAUCGGUUCCAACAUCGAUAGGUUUGCUAGACACAGCAAUGGUAAAGACUUCUAAAGAUAUUUUAGUUGAUGUCAUGUCUUCUAGCAAAAAGUUCAAGCGCUCAGUCAUGCCCAGAGUGUAUAAGAAAUUGUUAAAUUCUUAUGAGUCGUCGGAAGAGAAUUUAAUUAGGAGCAUAGCUGUGUAUUAUAGUGGCGGUAUUGUGGGGAAAAAGAAGUACCGUAAAAUAUAUAAAGAUAGUUGCUAUCGAUUAAAGGGCAAGGGAGGAAAAUCUGUUCGGUUAAACAUAAUCAAUAAUUGCCCUUUACCUAGGCUUGUACCCUAUAAUCGCUUAAUGCCCUACAUCAAGUCAAUUCCUUUGGGAACUAUUUAUAGCACUUAUGACACAUUGUGUGAUGGGUUGGAUGAUGAUGAUAAGGUUCGUGGGUGCUAUCGUAGGCUGAACGAGAUGUUAGUGAAGUUAGCUGAGUUUUAUCUCUCCGGAUGUAGUGGGCAUUCGAUAACAUGGUUUACAGAACCAUACACAUUUUUUGUUUCCUUGGGAGGUGAUGGUGCCCCCUUUGGAAAGUAUGACACAGCCUGUGCAUGGCUUGUGGGCUUUCUGAAUAUUGGUAGGGGGAUAUUGAGUAGUAAUGAAAACUACUUGCUCUUUGGAGCAAACUGCAGUGAGAAUUGCAUUGUUGUCCAAAGGUUUAUUAAAAUUCUUUUGGCUGACAUUUGCCAGAUUGAAAAAAAUGAUAAUAUCACCUGUUGUCAUAAUGGCAAGCAAGUCAGUGUUAAAUUUCGCAUUGGUGAACUCCCCAAUGACAUGAAAAUGUUAUCAUUUUUAGGGGGAGAACUCAGCAAUAGUGCAAAAUUUUUCUCAUCCUUUGCAAAUGUGUCCAAUGACAAUGCUAAUGAUGUUUGUGGGACAUUUGGAAGGGAAGGGAAGAACAAAUGGAAGCCUUGGAAGUACUCAGAGAGAUUGAAAGUUGUUAAAAGUGUUGAGCAGUUGAAGCAGAAGCUUUCAAAACAAAUUCUUUCUGAUGCCACUAAGAGAUCCAAAGUUACAAGCUUUAUUGCUGGAAAGAGUAGCAGGCAAGAAUUUGAACCUCUUUUAGGGAAAAUUGUUGACAGAGCUCAUGUUGAGCCUUUGCACCUGAAAAAUAAUGCUUGUGCCCUUGCGCAUCGGUAUCUACUGGGCGAAGUUAUGAUGCUUUCCCAUUUGCCAGAUUCUGUUAAAGUAUUUUCCCAAAUUCCUGACAAAUCUCCCAUAGCUAGAUUUGUUAUGGUAAUGAAAACCAAAUGCCACCUAUCUCGUCUUGCGAACCGAAUUGUAAAGUGGUUCAAUGAUACAAGAGGUGAUGGAAAGCCAUUUGAUUACCGCUUUACUGGAAAGGAUUCCAGGGGACUUUUGCAUAAUUUCAUGUACUUGAUUGAUGUUGUAGAGCCACUUGCAAAGAAAGGCUCCCGACAAGAAUUGGUUUUUCAUGCCCUGUCACAUCUUUGCCUGACUUUACGUAAGUGUGUUUCCCUUUUUAGUCGCAUUCAUAUCACCAGCAAUGAAAUUGUUGAGCUCAAGCAUCACUGUAAGACUUACAUAGCACUUAACAAUCUUUUCUUUCGCCAUCACCCAACUGCUUGGACUUUGGGUCAUGUUGUGCCUGUCCAUACACAGGAAAUGAAAACAAAGUAUGGAAUGGGGCUUGGCUUGAACUCCAUGGAAGGAAGAGAAGCCAAGCACAUUUCUAUUUCCCGAUAUUGUGGGAACACUAAUUACCACAGCAGGUGGGAACAGGUCUUUUUACAUGAGUAUGUGUCCUUAAUCUGGCUCCGUGAAAGGGGCUAUAACACCACAAAACCUAUCACCUCAAGUGUUCUGGUUUAUGAGCCUAAACGUAUUAAGGAACCUGGCUUUUGUAAUUGUGGGCUGGAGAAAGAAGAACAGUCUUCUGGAUGCAAGUACUGCAUUCAUCCAUUAAGGGCUGAUAUUGUUAAAAGGGUUGAAAAAGCAUGUAAGUGA